AUGUACACUGAGCAGAUACUUCGUGAUAAGCUCGAGUCAGUCGGAGCAGAUUACUUCCCAGGCUAUGAGUGUGUGGAUUUUCAGUGCGACGAGAAUAAGUCGUCUGCAAACCAACCGGCAAUUGUCACUCACUAUGAAACAGCAAAUACCUUAUUGGCGUGGAUGGUGGUUGAAGUUUUGUUCGUCGACAUGCAGGCAUUCCUUUCGAAGGUGACAGCUCAGAUGAUCAGUGGAGCGAUCGAGAGCAAAACACAUGGAAACGUGCUGUGGGCUCCUUUGGACCAUGCAGCCACCCGCAUAGGCUAUGCAUAUACUUCGGAUAUUGCAGCGAAGUACCCAGGAGGUAUCACUCAGGAUAUUACAAUGCAAGAGGCAGUGGAGUCAACGAAACCGUUCAAUGUGAAAUUUAAGGAGGUACAUUGGUGGACAUUGUACCAAAUUGGUCAACGGAUCGCAAAGGACUUUUUAAAAGGAAGAAUUUUCCUGUGUGGUGAUGCAGCCCAUACGCAUAGCAGUGGAGCAGCACAGGGACUGAACACCGGGAUUCACGAUGCGGUCAACUUGGGCUGGAAGCUUGCCCCGCACUUACGAGGAAUUGUCCAGGAGAAUAUCCUUGACACAUAUGACUUGGAACGGAAGAAUUCGGUGCAACAGCUGAUCGACUUCGAUAGAGAUAUCUCCAUCUUAAUGUCCCGUAAAUGGCCGUCUUGGUACGAAGGAGAUACGGACGCAGAUCUGUACAUCGUCCUCGGAGAGAUCUUCGAGCGAGCUGCAUCUUUCAAUACUGGACUGGGGAUCUCCUACCCCAUCAAUGAUAUCAAUCAAUUCUCUCCUGAUGGAACGGCUGUAGCUCCAGGGAGUCGGCCACCAGAUGUGGAGCUGACCACGCCAGGAACGAAGCAGACGGUGAAACUUCAACGGGUUACUCGCAACUUGGCCAAGUUCUGGGUCAUUGUGUUUGCUGGCAAUCCUGAUUUGACCCACGCCUCUCUCGUGGAGCUUGCCAGGUUUUUGGGAACAUUUGAGAAGUUCAAUUCCAGGGAAGCAAUUGGCUGGCUUACUGUUUGUGGCUGGUAA